AUGAUUGAGAUUGCUGACGCCACUGGCGCUACCAAUCAUGGCAUUGGUGUUGUCCUUGCAAACCAAGAGCUGGAGAAUGGCGUUCGAAUCACUGCUGUACAACCAGGGCAGGGAGCAUGGGCUACCAAUGCCUUCGCACCGGGGGACGUCAUUACCAAGAUCGGUGACCUCCUUUGUGCCGGCAUGAGCAUCACUUCGAUCGAGAAACUUCUCAGAGGCGUCGCGGGCACUGUGGUCAAGGGAGCACAAGAGCGUGACGAGCUGAAGAACAAGCUAAAUGCUGUCAUUGCUGAGAUGGAGCACAUUCAGAGCGACAACAAGAUGCAAAUGGAGAAGCUGAAGCAUGAGCUGGAGGCGAUGAAGCUUGUCAACAACAAGACGGAGGAGAAUCUGAAGAAUGAGGUUAACGCUCACAGCCAGACCAAGAAAACUCUGGACGAUACCCGCGCGUCGAUGAGCAAGGCCGAGGGAACCAUCAAGGCGCAGGAGGCCAUCAUUAAGUCAAACGUCAAGAUUCACGAAGAUCUGAAGGCAGACUUGAUGAAACUGAGAGACGCCAACGAUCUGCUGCAGCAGAAGCUCAUCACGCAAUCGAUCUUCGACCAGGAGAAGUCAAGGGAGCAAGCUGAGACGAGAGAGAAGAGAGCGCAAGAUGCUCUUCUUGCCGAAGUGGAGAAGACCAAGUCCUUGGAGAAGAGGAGACAGGAGCUGGAGAAGGAUGUGAAUGACCUUCGAAACAAGUUCAGCUCACAGGGAGACCUGAUCAAACCCGAGAUGGAUGCCCUGAAAACGAAGCUGCAAGAGAAGGAGAAAUCACAUGAGAAUGCCAAGAAGAACAUCGAAGAGCUGCAGAAGGAGCUUAAGGACUUGUCGUCGAAGCUCUCCUUGAACACGACCGAGUACAAGUCACUGAUGGACAAGAACUCGUCCCUCAACGAAGAGAUCAGAUCUCUCAAGGAUUCGCUCGAGAAGUGCAGGAGAGAGCUGAACGAGGUGAAGGAGGUGAAGAGCAAACUUUCGAGCGAGAGAGACAUGCUCAAAGCAAAAUUGACCUCCAACGAGAGCGAGCUAAAGACGACCAAGGACAAGUUUGCAGAGAAUUCCAAGAAAUUGCAAUCACAGAGCACGUCGCUCCAGGAAACUUCACAGACGUUGACCAAGACGCAAGCAGAUCUCAAGGCGGCCCAGUCGAGUUUACAAACCUGGCAGAAAAAGGCUGAGGAUGCGGAGAAGAAAGUCGUGAAGCUGCAGGCUGACAUGCAAUCGAAAACGCUGGAGGCCAACUCCCUUGAAGCUGAGAACAAGGAGCUUCGCAAGGUGAAGGAGAAGCAUGAGGCGCUCUCCAAGGAUGUGUCAAGCAUCCGCAGCGACUGCACGAAGGCCAAGCAACUGCAAGAGCUCACUCGAUGGUGGAAGGACGCGGACGUGAAAUGCACCAGAGCUCUGGCAACUCACGACAAGCUGAAAGAAGACUUGGAGAAAGUCAUUUCGGAGAGGAAUGAUCUCAUGAAGAAGUUCACAUCAGUCGAGCAAACCAUGACGAGCAAGAUCGCGGAGCUUCUUCGGGACCACAAGGAGAAGGUGAAGAGAGGGCUGACCAGCUCGCCAGUGGGGCUGACGGCCCUGAAGGUGUGGGAGCUGAACCAGGUCAACAUGUCCUUGGAGGCCGACCUGAAGCGCUACCUCGCGCUCCCCGACGAGUGCGGAGUUGGGAUGCGCAUCGAUGAGAUCAUGAAGUCCUACGUGCCGGGAGGCCCGUCAGUCCGUCAGAUUCGGGUGAUGGCGCUCACGCCCGGGCUCUCAGCGGACAUGUCAGGUAGCAGAAGCAGAGAGGGCGAAGGCGAGGAAGCAGUGGACGGGUGA